AUGAACAUGCAUACCCUUGAUCAUGAACCAGCCAGGUCCUUUCAUGCUAGUAGGAAGAGUGUACAUGAAAGGAUCCAGUCACAUAGAGCCUCAAGGAAAGAUUCGAAGCAUACUGUGUCCUGUAAUGGUAGGGAACAGGUUCCAGUCAGAGUUUCAGAUUAUGAUAGUUACCCUAUUCAUAAGAUUUCUAAGAAAUAUGAGACUAUCUCCACUGCGAGUGGUAUGACAGAUAAAACCAACGGUAGCAGAACUUUUAAUAAGAACAAGACUUAUCAAGAGAAGAUGUAUAACCAGAAAAGAAUGACUCAUAAUGGAGGGAUGUUCAACAAGUCCCAGCAUAGUUUUAAUAAAACAUUAAGAGAUAGAAAUACCUUCUUUUCAAUCUUCCCGAAUUACAGAAUUGCUAAAGAUAAUAAGAGAAGCACAAUGAAGUUCCACUUCCAUUACCCUAGAAAGUCAAUGGAUGGAAGAGCUACUCAUAUGAUUGAUAGGACUUUCACUAGAAAGAUGGACCCGAUGAAGAAAUAUACAGAAGAGAUGCUAAAAAUUGCUUCAAUGAAGAGAUCAAUCAAGUAAAAGCUUGUUAUCCCU